AUGCAGGCCUCUGAAAAGAAGUCGAUUUCAUAUCUGCCCAACACAGAUCACACGAUCAGCCUUCAGAUCAAGACUGUUAACUCGCAGGUUUCAUGCACAAUCGGCAGGAAUCGGACCGACUGUCCACAUGUUAAGAGAGUGCCUGGCGUGCCCAUAAGACUUGAUAGCCUGCGGUUAUGCAGACAUAAAGACACUGUGCCUAGAACUCCAGAUGCCGGCUUUGUGAGAAAAGAAAUUCCUGUGAACCGAAGCAAUAAAAGCACAGUUUUGAGUUGCAAAAGAGGAAGAAACGCCAUAAUUUCUGCUGUAGCGACAGAGCUGUAG